AUGUGCAAAGGGGUAGAGAAAGUUCUGGCCGGUGGAGAUCGUCUCAUUGUCUUCCCCAAUGGGACCAGAAAGGAGAUUUCAGCUGACAAGGUCUCGGCGAAGGUCACCUUCUUCAACGGAGACACGAAACAAACGACAGCUGAUCACAGAGUGAUCUACUUCUACGCAGAAGCCCAGACCACACACAUCACGUACCCUGACGGGAUGGAGGUCCUUCACUUUCCCAACGACCAGACAGAAAAACAUUUUCCCGACGGUCGUAAGGAAAUCACGUUCCCAGAUCAAACGGUAAAGAAUCUGUUCCCCGACGGCAGGGAGGAAAGUGUGCUGACAGAUGGUACCGUCAUUCAGGUCGACCCCAACGGCACCAAACAGAUCCACUUCAACACGGGACAGAAGGAGGUCCAUACAGCAGCCUAUAAAAGGAGGGAGUAUCCAGACGGCACCGUGAAGACGGUCUACACCGACGGCAGGCAGGAAACACGCUAUCCAAACGGACGGGUCAGGGUCAAAGACAAAGAUGGCAACAUUGUUCUGGACAACCAGACAUAA